GAAAAACACCCUUCCCACCUUCCCACCUUCCCACUGGCCCCAGUCCACUUGGGGCCUGUUAGAUUAUUAGUGUUAUGCUCCCCCAGGCUGCUUUCGGCUUCCCCCUUUCCCUCUCCUCGUCUUCUGACCUUUCCUCCGUUCCCCUCUUUACCCCCAUCUCCCUGAUUACUGUAGCCGUGGCUUGCUUGCAAUGACGGGGGCCACCUGGACACGAUGGGUGCUGGCCCUGAUGCUGGCGGUCCUCGGGGUCCAAGCGAUCGAUCUCGACAUCAGUAGUGAGGAUUCGGUCAAAGAUGCGGCCUCAACAGCGGCCUAUGGUAUGAUGAAGCACUACAAAGGAAACUUGACGGGUGAAAUUCCCGGAAAGAUCCCCAACACCUGGUGGGAGGGCGGGGCCAUGUUCAUGGCCCUCAUCCAGUACUACCACUACACGGGCGACUCCACCUACAACAGCGAAGUCAUCACGGGAAUGCAGUGGCAGUCGGGUGACUGUGAUUACAUGCCGUCGAACUGGAGUAGCUACAUCGGAAACGACGACCAGAUGUUCUGGGGACUAGCAGCCAUGACCGCCGCCGAAUUGGACUUUCCCGACUCCACCGAAGGAUACUCAUGGCUUGCUCUAGCGCAGGGUGUCUUCAACACCCAGGUGGCUCGUUGGGAUAAUAGCACCUGUGACGGUGGUAUGCGGUGGCAGAUCUGGACCUACGAAUCCGGUUACACGAUGAAGAACUCCAUCUCCAACGGAGGUCUCUUUCAACUCUCCGCCCGUCUGGCCCGCUACACUAGCAACGCUACCUACGCCGAGUGGGCAGAGCGCAUCUUCGACUGGGCGGUCUCGUCGCCCCUGGUGAGCAACUCGACGUGGAACGUUGCCGACUCGACGAGUAUCACCAACGACUGCACCACCCAAGGCGACGAUCAAUGGACGUACAACUAUGGCGCCUUCCUCGCGGGCGCCGCCUACAUGUACAACUAUACCAACGGCACCGUCUCGAAAUGGUACUCCGCCACCCACGGCCUCCUGAACGUCACCUUGAGCGAAUUCUUCCCCACCUCGCACGGCGGAGAGAUCAUGUCGGAGAUUCUAUGCGAGCCGCUCGAAGUCUGCAACGACAACGAAAUCAUCUUCAAGGGCCUUCUCUCCAGCUGGCUGGCCUUCACGGCCUACCUGGUGCCAUCCACAUACAGCCAAAUCCUCCCCAAACUGCAGGGUUCCGCCGUGGGAGCCGCGAAGACCUGUACCGGAUACGGCAACAACACAUGCGGUGUACGGUGGUGGAACGGCACCUGGGACGGGUGGAGUGGGCUCGAGGAGCAGAUGGCGGUACUCAGUCUCUUCACCGCAAACAUGCUCCCCUUCACCAGCGCCUCGUCCGGACCCUUGACCUCGUCCACGGGAGGCAACAGUACCAGCGACCCAUCGGCCGGAACCGGGGACUCCAACAAUGACCAGAAAACAUUAAGUAAGAUCACCACAGGCGACCGCGCCGGGGCGGGUAUCCUGACGGUGGUGUUUUCCGUCGGCUGGAUUGGCAUGAUUGCUUGGCUGUUCAUGGGAUAGGAUUCUUUAGCGCAUGUAUACAUAAUUCUCUUUUUCUUUUUCUCUUCUCUUCGGACCUGGCAAGCGGUCUCUUGUACAUAAUCAGAACGUUUCUAUUUGAUGAUAUCAGGGAUUUGUAAAUCAAA